AUGGACGUGGACGUGGACGUGGACGUGGACAUGGACGUGGACGUGGACGUGGACGUGGACGUGGACAUGGACGUGGACAUGGACGUGGACGUGGACAUGGACGUGGACGUGGACGUGGACGUGGACGUGGACGUGGACAUGGACGUGGACGUGGACGUGGACAUGGACGUGGACGUGGACGUGGACAUGGACGUGGACAUGGACGUGGACGUGGACAUGGACGUGGACAUGGACGUGGAUAUGGACGUGGACGUGGACGUGGACAUGGACGUGGACGUGGACGUGGACAUGGACGUGGACGUGGACGUGGUCGUGGACGUGGACGUGGACGUGGACAUGGACAUGGACGUGGACGUGGACGUGGACAUGGACGUAGACGUGGACGAGGACAUGGACGUGGACGUGGACGUGGACAUGGACGUGUACGUGGACGUGGACGUGGACAUGGACGUGGACAUGGACAUGGACGUGGACAUGGACGUGGACGUGGACAUGGACAUGGACAUGGACGUGGACAUCGACGUGGAUGUGGACGUGGACGAGGACGUGGACAUGGAUGUGGACGUGGACGUGGACGUGGACGUGGACAUGGACGUGGACGUGGACGUGGACGUGGACGUGGACAUGGACGUGGACGUGGACGUGGACGUGGACAUGGACGUGGACGUGGACGUGGACGUGGACAUGGACGUGGACGACGUGGACGUGGACGUGGACGUGGUCGUGGACGUGGACGUGGACAUGGUCGUGGACGUGGACGUAGACGUGGACGUGGACGUGGACGUGGACGUGGAGGACUUGGACGUGGACAUGGACGUGGACAUGGACAUGGACAUGGACUUGGACGUGGACGUGGACGUGGACGUGGACAUGGACGUGGACGUGGACGUGGACGUGGACGUGGACAUGGACGGUGACGUGGACGUGGACGUGGACGUGGACAUGGACGUGGACGUGGACGUGGACGUGGACCUGGACGUGGACGUGGACGUGGACGUGGACGUGGACGUGGACACGGACGUGGACGUGGACGUGGACGUGGACAUGGACGUGGACGUGGACGUGGACGUGGACAUGGACGUGGACAUGGACGUGGACGUGGACAUGGACGUGGACAUGGACGUGGACGUGGACGUGGACGUGGACAUGGACGUGGACGUGGACGUGGACAUGGACGUGGACGUGGACGUGGACGUGGACGAUGACAUGGACGUGGACAUGGACGUAGACGUGGACAUGGACGUGGACAUGGACGUGGACAUGGACGUGGACGUGGACGUGGACAUGGACGUGGACGUGGACGUGGACAUGGACGUGGACGUGGACGUGGACGUGGUCGUGGACGUGGACGUGGACGUGGACAUGGACGUGGACGUGGACAUGGACGUGGAUAUGGACGUGGACGUGGACAUGGACGUGGACAUGGACGUGGAGGUGGACGUGGACGUGGACGUGGACGUGGACGUGGACAUGGACGUGGACGUGGACAUGGACGUGGACGUGGACGUGGACGUGGACGUGGACGUGGACGUGGACAUGGACGUGGACGUGGCAGGGACGUGGACGUGGACAUGGACGUGGACAUGGACGUGGACGUGGACGUGGACGUGGACAUGGACAUGGACGUGGAUAUGGACGUGGACGUGGACAUGGACGUGGACAUGGACGUGGACGUGGACGUGGACGUGGACAUGGACGUGGACGUGGACGUGGACGUGGACGUGGACGUGGACGUGGACGUGGACGUGGACGUGGACAUGGACGUGGACGUGGACGUGGACGUGGACGUGGACGUGGACGUGGACGUGGACGUGGACGUGGAGGACUGGACGUGGACAUGACAUGGACGUGGACAUGGACGUGGACGUGGACGUUGACGUGGACGUGGACAUGGACUUGGACAUGGACCCUGGACGUGGACGUGGACGUGGACGUGGACGUGGACAUGGACGUGGACAUGGGACGUGGACGUGGAACUGGACAUGGACGUGGACGUGGACAUGGACGUGA